CCCUAACCCAAGGCGGAAGCAGACGAAGUUUAACAAAAAAGGGUGCUGAAUAUUUCGGGGCGAAGAACCCGUCCAAAUUAUUACAUUUCAGCUCGAGAACCAAACCUGGUUCGGGUUCAGAAUGAAUCUCCGAACACUCCUUACACUUCACGUCCUUGUUGGGACAGCAAUGACGGUGUACAGCGAGAAGCACUCCCUCACUUACAUCUACACGGCCUUCUCCAAGCCAGUGGGUCUACCGGGGUUGCACGAGUUCACUGCCAUGGGAUUAUUGGACAACCGGAUGAUUGACUACUUCGACAGUGAUAACCAAGAAAAAGUUCCCAAGCAGGACUGGAUGAGAAAGCAUCUUGAAAAAGAGUACUGGGAAAAAGGCACCCAGUCCAGAAAGAGCAAGCAGCAAUGGUUCAAGGUCAACAUCGACAUAUUGAUGAAACGAAUGAGACAGAAUGACACGGAUACUCAUGUUCUGCAGUGGAUGCACGGCUGUGAGGGUGAAACUAAUGAUGAUGGCACGAUGAUGUUUGUCCGUGGGAUGGACAUGUACAAUUAUGAUGGAAAAGACUUCCUUGCCUUCGACGACAACGACCAGAUUUGGGUUGCUGCAGCUACGGCAGCAGAAGAAACCAAGAGGAAGUGGGAUGAAGUCCAGGUCCUGAAGGAAUACACCAAGGGCUACCUGGAGAAGGAGUGUAUGGAAUGGAUGAACAAAUUUAGAGACUUUGGGCAAGAGCAGCUUAAAAAUGCCUCUCCACCUAAAGUGCACUUGUUUGCUCGUAAGGCCAAAGUUGAGGCAAACACAAUCUUGACAUGUCUGGCCACGGGCUUUUAUCCAAAAGACAUCAUCAUGCAUAUCAAAAGAAACGGGCGUGUCCUGACUAAAGAGGACGGGGUGGAGACCACUGAUGUUCGCCCAAAUGAUGACGGCACCUUCCAGAGAAAGGACCAUGUAGAGAUUUUGAAGUCGGAUGUUUCCACUUACACCUGUGAAGUCAAUCAUCCUGCCUCUCGUCUUCAUGUUGAAGAGGAGUGGGAAAGCACUUUGAACCACGGUGGAAAUCUUCCCAUCAUCAUUUCCGUAAUAUUGUUGAUUAUUGCUGUCAUCGCCGCCGCCGCCGCCGCUGCCGCUGUUCUAUAUGUUCGCAGACGUAGGGAACAAACCAUUAAGACUGUCUAUGGUGCCCCCUUAUCCCAAGGCAAUGGCACAGCUCCUAACGGCGUUACCACACCCCUCAUGCCUGACACCAAUGGCACAGCUCCUAACGGCGUUACCACACCCCUCAUGGUUAUUACCUUUGACUCUGAUGGAUCUCAUAACAGCAAGGACUCUGGACUUGAUUCAGCCAAUGGAUCCAGCAAUGCAAGCCAAACUUCUCAGUCAAAUGGUACUUUGGCCAAUGGAAAGUCAUAAUCAUCUAAAUCCUUGCCACACGAUGUCUAACGUCGCUGGAGCCUGAUUUACCAGUUUUUCACAUAUUUUUAACCCAUGCCACGCAAACUUAAAUCAUCACUUUUGUUCUGCUGGUUUGCCUCUGAAGCACUUUCUAAUUAAGGAAUCUAUAGUUCUGUGGAUUUUAUUAAGGUGUGCUACUGAAAGAAAGCAUGCUGUUUGAUCUUUAAUCUGCUUUAUUGCAUUGGCUAAUAAUCAUGUUGUUACUCCGGUGUUUGAUGUGCUACCUGGUUUCUGGGUAGGUGUUUAUUUUUAGUUCACCUUUAGUUUAGCAGAGCUACAUUUCCCCAGAUAAAAAUUCAAAUGGACGGUUACAUGUAAAUCAGAUAGUAGUGCAUUUAAUGUAAAAGAGUUUUCCUUAAAGCCAUAAAUACGUUGCUUUGCUUUGUGUUAAGGAAAUGGAUUAAAUGCAGAUUUGUUACUCACUAGAAACUAUGUCCCAGUGAAAACGAAUGUUACAGAAAUGGACUGAACCUUACAAAACCUCUUCAGAGUCAUCAUGGCUCCUUCAGAUUUUAUAGACUGAAAAAGUAAAAGCAUCCUUAGAUUAAAAUGCUCACUCGGGGUGACCAGCAAAAAGAAAAUAAUAAGUAAAAGAAAGUAUAACAAAAUAAUAAGUAAAUCAUCUUGCUAGUAAUAAUUCAAAGUAACUGACUGCAACUUCCAAAGAAAACCUUAAGACUUUGACUGAGUGGUAGAACCGCUAAAUGGAAUGCAGCCCUUAUUUAACUUCUUUGUUGAGAGAAAAUGCAGAACAUGAGUCUGAGAAGAUGCAAAGGAAGGUUUGGAUUACCUGUUACAUUUACUUUGGUCCAGUAAAUCUGUUAUGCACAAGUAAGAUACUCAAGGGCAUCAACACAAUUUAAUGAAAUCAAUGAAAUUAAGAAAAGGAUUUAGUUGCCAUAGGUUAAACAUGUUAAACAUGAUAAAUGUAAGAUAAACGAUGAGAGACCAUUUGGCUAACUAUUAAUGUGUAAAUCUAAUUCGAUGUAGUACUUUAAAGAGACUGUUAGGAAUUGCUCUGUAGAAGGACUUAAAUCAGGUUUAGAACUUUCAUGUAGCAGCCAGUGGUGUAAAAAAGCAUUUCGAAAAUAUGAGACGGGUGGCAAGAAAGUUUCAAAUAAACUUUUAGUUUCUACAUAUGGGAACAUUUAACUUAACUAAAUAACAUAACCAAGUUCUCCUCAAAAACCUAGAGAAUAAUGGAAUCAGAAUUUUAAACCUGCGCUGUGAGCUGAUGUCUGUUAAGCAACAAUAAGGAAGUAUCUAACUGAAAACAACCCUACCUAAAAUCAGGAAGACAGUGUGGAGCGUUCACUGAUCCUUGUAAAUCUCAACCUUCUGAAUGUUCUUAUAGGUUAAAACUCUGUUAACUUUAACUGUGCCGGGAUUAAUUUGUUUUAAUGUCCAGUCAUAAUUGGUAUAAUACCAUAAACAAAAUGUUUUGUCAUGUUCAUUGUUUUGUAUAUCAGAAUUUCCAUAAUCAGACUCUUGUUAAUGAAAUGAAAGUACAUCAAAUAUAACUCAACUUAUAAAGAAUAAGAUGCUCUAAAAUACAAACUUUUUUUUAAAUUAUGCAUUUUAAAAUAAGAUAAAAAUUAGGAAAGGGAUGGAAGAUGAAUGUCAAACCCAACAUUAUUUUUGUUUAGAGCUAUUUGAAAGUGUUUUUAAUUGGCCAUACAUGAACUUGUGUGCUUUAAUUAAUUACUUGCGUCUUAUAGUAGGUCAUUAUUAUGGUUAUUUUUGAAUUUCAAGGGAGUGGAAAUUUGUACAUUAUUUGUUUGUUGUCUAACGUUUUUGCUUUACCAUUUGUGUUCAAAGAAAAACAUGCACAUGUUGAUAAUAGCACUUAAAAUUUGGAGCCUUGAAAGGAUAACAAACUAAAAACAUGAAGUAAACUGACAAUACUUUCUGUUUUAUGGUGAAUGAUUGGAUUUAAUUUGAAUUAUAAUUAGAUUAAAUUGAACUGGUAGUAUAGUUUUGCAUCUGAAUCUGUUUUUCUUUGAAUUGGGAUUUGCAUAUUUGGUCAUUCUUAAUUUCAUGUAAUUUCUGUGGUCCCAUGCUAUGACCUUUUUAUGAUUGUGUGUUAAAUAAGUAAUUGGGUUGAACUCUAUAGCCAAGGGAAUUUUCUGUGCGAGUGUAAAAAGAUCACUUAUCAUGUCACAAAAACAGCUGAUUGUCGCUUGGUUCGCUCCAAGUUGUAUAACUUCAAUAAAAUAUGUUUUAACCCAAAA